AUGGAAUUGAAUAACGUUGAUAUAAAAUCGUUACCAAUUAACAUAAAUUGUUUACAAUGGUCUGAAGAGAAUCAUAUUUCUGUUGUAUCACCUUCUGGCAUAGAUAUUUUUAUACCAUUAUAUAAAAGCAAAUAUACUCGUAAUGCUCUAGUAACAUGUCAAGAUUCUAGUGAACGAAAUCCAAUCGAGAUUAAUGGUAUAUGGGAAAACUUGUUUUUUGUGCAUAAACAAAUUAUUGAUCCUCUUAUAAAAAAAAUUCUAGAUUUUAAUUCCACGCUUAUAAAAGAUAUACCUGAAGUUUUCAAAUGCUUAACUUGGUCUCCAAUAGGUUGCUCUAUUAUUCAAAGUUGCUUAUUUAUUGCAAUAACAUCAAGAUUUCAUGUGGCAAUAUAUGGUCCUAGAGAUGGUCCCUUACAGAGAGAUUGGAUAGAGGUUGAAAAUAUGUCACCUAGAUUGUUGCAGCAAUACACAGAACAAACCGAUGAGAUCGAUGAGACCGAUAAAACAUUGGUGGAUAAACUACAAUCCAUAUCUGUAUCGUGGUCUCCUUUAUGCUUUCCAGAAAGCUUUGACCCUUUUUCUGUAAUAGCAAUAGGAAGUAAAGCUGAUGCAUCAAGUUUUGUGACUGCUUCAGAUGACGGUUCGGUUUAUAUGUGGAGAAUAACUGUAUCAUUAAUCCCUGUUAUAUCUUUGGGUAUAGAGAAUAUAAAGAUGCAAGCUUCAGUCGCUCUACAUGCGACACUUUCUCAAGCUGACAAUCGACCUGCAUUAAUUAUGAAAUGGUAUGAAUGUAAUAAUACAGGAGAAAAGUUUGCUAUAGUCAAAGGUCUCAAAAUCUACGUUUGGACAUCAAACGAAUCACCUUUAAUUAAUACAGAUUUAGAACCUCCAAAGACGUUUAAAGUUCCUUUAACUAAAGGAGUAAUAGCAAUGAUUUGGAAUUAUGAUGGAUCUCAGCUUUAUAUCUUCAAUAAUGAAGAAUCUCUCUCUAAUGAAAAUGAAAAUGAGGGAAAUGAUGAUAUGUUAAUAUCAGAAGUUGAGCCUGUAUACUUUGGAGCCGAUGGCUCAGGAAAUAGUCUUUUUUUUGCUGUUCUUUUUGCAUUAGAAACUUCCGAAACUCCAUAUGUUACUGACAAAUAUGAAGUUUCCUAUGUGACUUUUUGUCCAAGUGAAGAACCAUCAAAAAAUGGACUUAUACCUUCAUUGAUCACAAGAUUCAAAAACAUGCUCGAAGAUGCAUAUAUCUUAGAGAGAAAAUCUACAAAUUAUCUUAUGUGGGAUUUAUUGGAAUAUUGUGACCUUGAAAAUGAAUUCGAUAAAAACGAUUCAUUACUUCAUCAAUUAGACAAAGCUUGUUGGGAUUGUUAUAAUAAAUAUACCACAUCAUCUUCAAGUUUCGAACUAUCAGAUAAUGAUGAAUCUACUACAAAAGGUUUAAAUGAAUUUUCUUUAAUUGGUAUUAUCAUGAAAUGGAAAAAUGUACUCUAUAGGAAUUGUUCUUUAAAUGCGCUUCGGUUACUCAUGCAUAUUUAUAGUAACGCUAUGAAGCGUUUAGAAGCUCCUUCGGGUUUUCAGUCGCAACUGAGUCCUGCAUAUGAAAACUGUUUGAAAAGAAUUGAAAAUUAUUUCUUGAAUCAAGUUUUAUCCACAAUUGUAGAUUGUAUUAAAUUUGGAGUUGCAAUCAAUAAUGAACAUGAUCAAUUAUUCAUUGUUUAUUGGUGCGAUUGGAUUUUAUUAUACUUUAAUGAUGACAAUGGGUUACUAAAAUUAGCAAAAUUUUUAUAUGAAUACUUGAGCACAUUACAAGGAAAAGCUAAUUUUGAAACUGAAAAGGCUUGGAUAUCACAAUUACUUUCGUCUAAAAAAAGUAAAAAAAUUAACAAGGCACCAACAAGAGCAUCAUGUCCUGCAUGUAAAUCAAAUAUCCUUUAUUUAUUAGAUCUCUUAUUAAGAGGUCCAACGGGACAGUGCACCAAAGGACACACUUGGGAUCUUUGCUCUAUAACUUUAAGUAUUGUGGCAGUUAAGAAUGUGAGAUCUUGCAAUAAUUGUAAUCGUAAAAUCUUGGCGAUGCCAGACUUUCAUAGCCCAAUAGGCGAACAAUCUACAUCAAUAAUUGUGAAAGCAAUUUUUGAAACUUGUGAAAAAUGUUUUUACUGUGGAGGUAAUUUCAUAUUUCGACCAAGAUAG